AUGGUCACAUGUUUUGAAGUAACUUUGUGUUUACAAAUCGCACUUUUUCGAAUAGUUAUUGAAAUUCGAAACCAUUUUAUGUCAUGGAUAGGUGUCUGCUUGACGUGCCAUACUUUUAUGAUAAUGAUCCAGGUGUUCCGCUUUUUGAAUUCAUAUGUAUUCGAAUAUCAGUUAGUUGGUUUAUUUUAAUAUCUUGUUCUAGAGGUAAAAAAUUAUGUCUUUUAAAUGUUUUUAAGAUACGUUUUACAAGGUGGGGGGGGUGAUAGAUUUAGGCUAAGGCUCAGGCGAGGGCUCAGGCGCAGGCUCAGGCUCAAGCUUAGGCUCAACCUCAGGCUCCUGCUCAGGCUCACGUUUAAGCUUAAGCUCAAGUUCAGGCUCACUCUUAGGCUUAGUCUUAGGCUCAGGCACAGGCUCAGGCUUAGGCUCAGGCUCAGGUUCAAGCUCAGGCUUAGGCUCAGGCUCAGGUUCAAGCUCAGGCUCAGGCUCAGGCGCAGGCUCAGGCUCAGGUUCAAGCUCAGGCUCAGGCUCAGGCGCAGGCUCAGGCUCAAGCUCAAGCUCAAGCUCACGCUCACGCUCAAGCUCAAGCUUAUGCUCAAGUUCAAAUUCAAGCUCAGGCUCAGGCCCAAGCUCAAGCUAAGGCUGACCCAAAAUGUCUAAAAAAGUACUUCUAA